AUGACAACAACAAAUGACAAUGUCGGUACAUCGAUACAAGAAAUCUAUGAAACACUAAAUAUUCUUGCUAGUGGAAUUCAAACAUUAAAUGAUGAUAUACAACGUCUUAGUAGUGAAUCAAUUCGAUUACAAAGUUCAAUUGAAUUUGUCACACAAGAAUUUUCAUCGAUCAAAUUGAAUAUACAAGAACAAAGUGCUUUUUUAGAUAGUGUCAAAUCUAAUCAAGAAAUUCUUCAACAAGAUGUUGCAUCACUGAAACAAAAAGUUGAUGAUAUGCAAUAUGUAUCUUAUGAUGGAACAUUAAUAUGGAAAAUAACCAAUUUUCAUGAGAAAAUGAAACGACAAACAUCGAUUUAUUCACCUCCAUUUUAUUCGUCACCGACUGGCUACAAAAUGAGAGCUCGACUUUAUCUAAAUGGCGAUGGUGAUGCUCGACAUACACAUAUGUCAUUGUUUUUUGUUCUAAUACGUGAUCCAAAUGAUCCAAUAUUAAAAUUUCCCUUCAAUUGUAAAGUUACAUUUUGUUUGUAUGAUCAAACUCCUCGACAACAACAUAUUAUCGAUUCUUUUCGACCAGAUACUCGAUCGGAUUGUUUUCAAAGACCAAGAUCAGAAAUGAAUAUUGCUAAUGUCAUAGUUGAUUUUGGUGAUAUGCCAAAAACAUUGUUACCAUAUGCAUUGAGUCUUAAUCCUGGAUUACCAACAAAUGUUCAACAAUUAAUGAUCAAACAAGAGAUAGAAAGAAGAGCACAACAACAAUCUCAACAAACGUCAUGUGCAUCGAGUCUUAAUGCUGAGCCGUCAAUGCAUAUUCAACAAAUGCCAAUUGAAGAAGGAGAAGAACAAGUUUCACAAGCACCAGAAGAAAGAGAACUUUAUGAAAAUGGGAUCAGUUGUGAAGAAAUUCGACGUAAUGAAGAUGUUCAAAAUGACCAUUAA